CAGUGUGCCCAUACCUCUGGGAGAAUGAAGGUGGUCCUUCUGAUUGCUGCUCUUCUUGCUUUGAUCUCUAUGCCCUGGUUGCAGGCAGUGUGGCUGGGAAGGCUGGACCCUAAGCAGCUCCUCGGGCCCUGGUAUGUCCUGGCUGUGGCCUCCCGUGCGAAGGACUUCACGGUGGAGAAGGACGUGAAGAAUGUGGAAGGCGUCAUGGUGACUCUUGCUCCAGAUAACAAACUGAGAGUUCAGUCCUUUCGGCAUGGGCCAGGUGGGUGUCACCAGAGCACCGUGGAACUGCUGAAACAAGAGUCCCGAUGGGUGUUUGAGAAUCCCUCUCUGGGUAUAUUGGAUUAUCGGGUACUGGGCACUAACUUCAAAGACUACGCUAUUGUCUUCACACAGCUGGAAUUUGGGGAUGAGGUCUUCAACACAGUGGAGUUGUACAGUCGGACAGAGAUGGCCAGCCAUGAAGCCAUGCAGCUGUUCACCAAAUGGAGCCGAGGUCUGGGCUUCCUGUCUCAACAGCAGGCUCAGCUGCAGAAGGACCUCACUUGUGCACACAAGAUCCUCCAGUGAGUGCCACACCCUGCAUAUAGCAUCACAGCAUCCUGGCAUCCUGGUGGAGGUGGGCAGGCACUGGCUUUGCUCAGUAGCUGGUGCUGGUUAGCCGCUCUCCUAGGCUCUUGCUUGUGUUCAAAAUAAAGUGAUUUCACAAGUAAA